GGUCCCCCGAGUGAGGCGGCGCCUCUUCCUUCCCUCACCGACCCUCCGCCCGAGCGGCAAAGAAGCCAGCCGAAGAAAAACAGCCUCGCCCUCUUUCCUCUCUUCCCCCUCCCUCCCCCACCCACUGCUUUACUUCAGAGUGAGUGACAGCCGGCUGGACCAAUCGCAGCGCCCAUCUGAGCCGGGAGGCGGUGCGGAGGCGCGGCUGGGCCAAUAAGCAGCGACUCCUCUCAACCCCCCCAUCUCCUCAGAACCGCGCCGCGACAGAAAAAGCAGGAAGGCCUCGGCCGGAGCCGGCCUCGGUCUCAGCCCCGGCAACGCCAGGCGGCAGGGGCUGAGGCUGGAUUGCUGAGGAUGGUGUGUGCUUCCCGGUGGCCGGAGUGGAGACAGGCCAUUACCGAGUUACCCCACCUUCGGUGAAGGUGCAGCCAUGUCUGUGUUGAUAGCAAGAAAGAAAGUGACGCGGAAAUGGGAGAAGCUGCCAGGAAGGAAUACGUUCUGUUGCGACGGGCGUAUUAUGAUGGCCCGUCAGAAAGGCAUCUUCUAUUUGACACUCUUCCUCAUUGUGGGGACGUGCGCUCUCUUCUUUGCUUUUGAGUGCCGGUACCUUGCUAUCCACCUCUCCCCAGCUAUCCCCGUCUUUGCAGUCAUUCUCUUUUUGUUUGCAAUGGCAACCCUGUUGCGGACAAGCUUCAGUGACCCUGGGGUCAUUCCACGGGCCCUACCUGAUGAGGCAGCUUUCAUUGAAAUGGAAAUAGAGGCAACCAAUGGAACGGUGCCUCCCGGCCAGCGGCCACCUCCGCGCAUUAAGAACUUCCAGAUCAAUAACCAGAUCGUGAAGCUGAAGUAUUGCUAUACCUGCAAGAUCUUCCGUCCACCCCGGGCCUCACAUUGCAGUAUUUGCGACAACUGUGUGGAGCGUUUCGAUCAUCAUUGUCCCUGGGUAGGAAACUGUGUGGGAAAGAGGAACUACCGUUAUUUCUACCUCUUCAUCCUUUCCUUGUCACUCCUCACCAUCUACAUCUUCUCCUUCAACAUUGUUUACGUCGCCCUGAAAUCCCUGAAGAUCGGCUUUUUGAGUACGCUGAAAGAAACUCCAGGGACGGCUCUGGAAGUUUUGAUCUGCUUUUUCACUCUUUGGUCUGUGGUGGGCCUAACUGGAUUCCACACGUUCCUGGUAGCCUUGAAUCAGACAACGAACGAAGAUAUUAAAGGUUCCUGGACAGGGAAGAACCGUGUACAGAAUCCCUACAGCCAUGGUAACAUAGUGAAGAACUGCUGCGAAGUUCUGUGUGGUCCUUUGCCUCCCAGCGUGCUGGAUAGACGGGGCAUCUUGCUUCAAGAGAGUGCUAUCUCAGGGAGCGGAGCUGGGCCUGAGCCCAGAACGCAAGGAGAGAAGAGAAGCGCAAAGGAAUGCAGUGACCAGGAAUCCGGUGGUGCCCCCGAGGGCGGCAGUGCCUUCCCAGAGCAAAGCCUGCUCCCUGGGCCAACAGACAAGGUGCCCCAGGAAGCCACCAAGCCACCUGUCGCUGCUGCUACCACUGCAGAAGAAGCAGAAUCAUCAACUGUUCAGACACUCGAUCCUGCGCAGAUGACACCUUAGCCUCCGAGAUGGACCCGAGAGUGCUUUUCCUUGGCUGCCUCUUGUGAAGCUGCAGCGUGAGCAAGGACGGGAACAGCUGGCUGGACAGCAUGUUGUUCCUUAGGCGGUUUUGUUCGCCAGCGGUCGUGAACGGUGCCCACAAACUUGACAGUUGCCAAUGCUCCCUUUUUGUCACAGAGGCCGGGCACUCGUCGCUGCUGCUUGACGGAACUCUUCCUCCGUCGGCAGUCUCUAAGCCCAAUUAAGGGAGUGCCUCUCUGGCCCCAGCCCUGGAACAUGGAAUGUGCUGGGAAGAAGACGGAACCUGGUGAUUCUGAUCUGUGCCAUCUUUUUCCUCUGUGACUGCAGUAUUGUGUGUUUGACUGGUCCCGUUUGCCAAUGGAGUCGGGCUGGAUCCAUGGAAGCUAGCGCCUGCCAAGUUCAGAAAUCGUAGCCUUCCUUUAAACGUUCCUGACAAACCGUGCCAAUUGGCAGCUCGAAGUCCCAAAUAGUCCUAAAUUACACCCUGCCAGGGGACCCUCGGGGUCCUUUUGUCUCCCCUCCUCCCCCACCCCGACGUCUGUUCAGGUAUUGGAAUCUGUGGUGCAGUAUCAACCUUCCCUUUUCCUCCCACCCUUUUCCCCGCCUCCCUUUUUCGAUUAGAAGCGGUUCUGAUCUCCUUCCAUAUCCUGGAAAAGGUAGAACCUUCCUUCUCACUAGCAGUUACCGAAGGGCUGCUGGGGAAAUGGAGUCACAAGGGCAGCGUGUAAAUGCUCUGGAAGCAGAAGAGCUGGUGUUGUUGUGGGUAGAAAGUUUUAUCGCUGUACAGAUAAAAGACGAGAUGGGCUCUCGGUCUGUGACUUCCGUACAGCCCAUAAUGUCUGUGCUCGAAGCUCUUUUGAUCCGGUGCUGGAAGCUGCUUUGGGAAAUACCUGACUUAAAUUAUGACUUGAGUCCAGA